GAGCGCGCGCUCCGUUUCGCAGGAGAAGGCGAGCAUGUUGCGAACGCUGGCGCUCCGCUCCGGCCCGCUGCGCCUUCGGGCGGCCCCCUUGCUCCUCGCUGCCAGAACCUGGUCCGCCGCCGCCGUCCCCGCACCCAACCCGCGCCCGGACAUCGCCUACACGCAGAUCUUCAUCAACAAUGAAUGGCACGAUGCAGCCAGCAAGAAAACGUUCCCGACCGUCAACCCGUCCACAGGGGAGGUUAUCUGCCAGGUUGCAGAAGGAGACAAGGCCGACGUAGACAAAGCUGUUCAGGCAGCCAAAGAGGCAUUCAAAUUUGGAUCUCCCUGGAGGCGGAUGGACGCUGCCCACCGGGGCAAACUCUUGAACCGCCUCGCUGAUCUGGUUGAGAGGGACCGUGCAUACCUGGCGGCCCUGGAAACUUUGGACAACGGCAAGCCAUACUCGGUCGCCUACCUGGUGGAUUUAGAUAUGGUUGUCAAACACCUGAGGUACUAUGCCGGCUGGGCUGACAAAAUCCAAGGGAAGACCAUUCCUCUCGAUGGGGACUUCUUCACCUAUACCCGCCAUGAGCCUGUGGGGAUUUGCGGACAGAUCAUUCCGUGGAAUUUCCCGUUGCUGAUGCAGGCGUGGAAGCUAGGGCCUGCCUUGGCCACGGGGAACGUGGUAGUGAUGAAAUUGGCUGAGCAAACGCCUCUGACAGGCCUGUACAUGGCCAGCCUGGUCAAAGAGGCUGGAUUCCCGCCAGGCGUUGUGAAUGUGAUACCUGGCUACGGGCACACCGCAGGAGCAGCCAUUUCCUCCCACAUGGAAGUGGAUAAAGUUGCCUUCACUGGCUCCACAGAGGUUGGGCACCUGAUCCAGAAGGCUGCAGCAGAGAGUAAUCUGAAGAGGGUCACCCUUGAGCUUGGUGGAAAGAGUCCCAACAUCAUCAUGUCUGAUGCCGAGAUGGACUGGGCUGUUGAGCAGGCUCAUUCUGCCUUGUUCUUCAACCAAGGGCAGUGCUGUUGUGCUGGGUCCCGCACUUACGUCCAGGAAGAUAUAUAUCAUGAGUUUGUGGAGCGGAGUGUGGAGAGAGCCAAAUCCAGAGUGGUUGGAAACCCAUUUGACCACAAAACAGAGCAGGGCCCACAGGUGGAUGAAGCUCAGUAUAAGAAGAUUCUUGGAUACAUUGGUACUGGGCAAAAGGAAGGUGCCAAAUUGCUCUGUGGUGGCAAUCCAGCUGCAGACAGAGGUUACUUUAUCCAGCCAACCAUCUUUGGAGAUGUGCAGGACAACAUGACCAUUGCAAAAGAGGAGAUAUUUGGGCCAGUCAUGCAGAUACUGAAAUUUAAAACCAUAGAGGAAGUCAUCCACAGAGCAAACGACACCAAAUAUGGACUCGCGGCAGCAGUAUUCACCAAGGACAUUGACAAAGCAAAUUACAUUUCCCAGGGUUUACGUGCUGGAACAGUCUGGAUUAACUGCUACAACGUGUUUGGCAGCCAAACACCAUUUGGUGGGUUCAAAGCAUCUGGACAAGGACGGGAAGGGGGAGAAUAUGGUCUCACGCCAUACAUGGAAGUAAAAACGGUAACCAUCAAAGUUCCACAGAAGAAUUCUUAAAGGACAUGUGCCACUUCAGCUGUAUAUCUGAAACCGUCAGUAGAAGCUGCCGUUCCUCUCGAUAGCAGCAUUUAAGCAGGAAUGAAGUAGAGGAAACUCCUUCAUGAAGAAAGCCUUCACCUCUACAAGCAACCUAAGAUCGUUUAUUUCACAUAUUUUAAGAAAAAUCUUUAUUUACUUCACUUUUUUUCCUGUACCAGGCACCUCUAUAUCUUAAUGUUACCUUAAUGGAUACAGAUAUCCAUUUGAGCUUUAAGAAUAAUUUCUCAAACUAGUUUUUCAAACUGAUUCUAUGGUACCUGUUUAUCGUAAUCUGGAAUGUAUCUUGAGGUUUGUUUAUAGGAGCAAAUAUCUAAGUACUGAGAACUUCCGUCCUUUCUCCAUGUGUAACCUGAACAGAAACUGCCCCUUUUAUAUAAGAGAGCUCUAAAACUGUCUGCUUACUUUGACAAUCAAUGCUGUGAAGCCAGCGCAGGCUGUGAUUUUCUCCUCCUGAUCUUAUAUCAAAUACAUAAAGAAAAUUUCAUAGUUGA